CCAAAACACAAAUCCAAUGAGAGGAGCCCACUAAAUAAAACAUUAGAUCGGCGGUGUGCAGCUGGUCGUAGUGACUGGCAUCAGCGCUACAGAUCGGUGUAGAUCUGCGGCAGUAACGAUCGCUGUGCAACAACUCCUCAGGACUUCGAUGGCGAUGAAAUCAGGAGAGACAUGGAGCCGAUCUGAUGACGACAUAUCCAGGACACCCGGCAGGACACGGAGACACCCGGAAUAAUGGGUAGAAAUAGGUGGCAUGAGGGGCCGCUGUCAUCUACACCCAGGGCACGGUCAGGCACAAUGAGACUGAAGACUUCUUUACUGAAAGAACCAAAACAUAAGGAGCUGGUUAGCUGUGUGGGCUGGACCUCAGCAGAUGAGCUCUAUUCCUGCAGUGAUGACCACCAGAUUUUAAAGUGGAACCUGCUAAACGGCGAGACGUCUUUGGUUGUAAAACUUCCAGAUGAUACGUAUCCUAUUGACCUGCACUGGUUCCCCAAAAAUGUGGGGAACAAAAAGCAAGGGCAGUCUGACAUGUUUGUGCUUACAAGCUCUGAUGGAAAAUUCCAUCUGAUUUCCAAACUGGGAAGAAUUGAGAAAAGUGUCGAGGCCCACUCUGGAGCGGUGCUUGCUGGUCACUGGAAUUUUGAUGGGACAGCACUGGUGACAGCUGGUGAAGAUGGACAUAUAAAGAUAUGGUCUAAAACUGGAAUGCUGAGAUCCACAUUAGCACAGAAUGGUUUGCCUGUUUACUCUGUUGCCUGGGGUCCUGAUUCUGAGAAAGUGCUCUAUCCUCUAGGAAAACAGCUGAUCAUUAAACCACUGCAGCCCAGUUCCAAAGUAUUGCAGUGGAAAGCUCACGAUGGAGUCAUUUUAAAGGUUGACUGGAAUCCUGUGAAUGACCUGAUCUUAUCUGCCGGGGAGGACUGUAAAUAUAAGGUUUGGGACAGCUAUGGCCGUUCCUUAUUCAGCUCGCCAUCUCAUGAAUAUCCUAUAACCUCCGUUUCCUGGGCACCGGAUGGAGAAUUGUUCGCUGUGGGUUCUUUCCAUACUCUGCGCCUGUGUGAUAAAACUGGGUGGUCCUAUGCUUUGGAAAAACCAAAUACUGGUAGUAUCUUCAGCCUUGCUUGGUCGAUAGACGGAACCCAAGUUGCCGGAGCCUGUGGGAAUGGUCACGUUAUCUUUGCUCAUGUCGUUGAGCAACACUGGGAAUGGAAGAAUUUUGAAGUAACUUUAACCAAGAGACGAGCUAUGCAGGUUCGCAAUGUAAUAAAUGACGCCAUGGAUUUGCUGGAAUUCCGUGACCGAGUAAUUAAGGCAUCUUUGAAAUAUGGAUAUUUAGUAGUUUCCACCUCUCUCCAGUGUUAUGUGUUUAGUACAAAAAAUUGGAACACGCCACUCAUCUUUGAUCUCAAAGAAGGAACCGUGAGCUUGAUCCUCCAGUGCGAAAGGCAUUUCCUCUUAGUGGAUGGUGGCAGUCUGUUUUUAUACUCCUAUGAAGGUCGUCUCAUCAGUUCCCCUAAAGUUUCUGGUAUGAGAACAGACAUUCUCAACGCACAGACGGUGUCUCUGAGCAAUGAUACCAUCGCUAUAAGGGACAAAACUGAUGAAAAAUUGAUCUACUUGUUUGAUGCUUUAUCGGGAAAGCCUCUGGGAGACGGGAAGCCUCUAGCUCAUAAGAUUGAAGUAGUAGAGAUUGCUCUGGAUCAAGGAGGACCAGCAAAUGAAAGAAAAAUUGCAUUUGUUGAUAAAAACCGAGAUCUCUACAUCAGUACAGUUAGAAGGCUUGGAAAAGAACAGAGAGCGGUCAAAAUUGGCAGUAUGGUGCACACUUUGGCCUGGUGCGACUUAUCUAAUAUAUUGUGUGGUAUUCAGGACAGUCGUUUCACAGUCUGGUACUAUCCAAAUGUAGCCUAUGUAGAUAAAGAACUGCUGCUGAAAACUAUUACCGAGAAAGAUGGAAGUGAGUUUAGUAAGAGCCCCCAGAUUGUGAGCUUUGUCGGGAACAGAGUGACAAUCCGCAGAAGUGAUGGCUCCCUGGUCCACACAAACAUAUCGCCAUAUCCAGCAAUCCUUCAUGAUUACAUCACCGCUGCAAAGUGGAACGAGGCUGUCCGGCUCUGCCAGUUUGUUAAGGAGCAGACUACAUGGGCUUGUCUAGCAGCUAUGGCUAUUGCAAAUAAAGAUAUGUCAACGGCCGAAAUCGCAUAUGCAGCAAUUGGAGAAAUUGAUAAAGUUCAGUACAUAAAUUCAAUUAAAGAUCUGCCAUCAAAGGAGUCCAGAUUGGCUCACGUCCAGCUGUUCAGUGGGAACUUUCAAGAUGCUGAGGCCAUUAUCCUGCAGGCUGGCCUUAUUUACCAAGCCAUACAGCUCAACAUUGACUCCUACAACUGGGAGAGGGCCCUGGAGCUUGCCGUGAAACACAAGACGCAUGUUGAUACUGUUUUGGCUUAUCGGCAAAAGUAUCUGAAUGAUUUCAAUAAAAAAGAAACCAACAAAAGGUUCCUGCAGUAUGCAGAAGGUGUUGAAGUUGACUGGGAGAAAAUUAGAGCCAAGAUUGAAAUGGAACUUGUGAAGGAGAGAGAGAGAGCAUCUACUGGGCCCCUAGGUCCCUCAACCAGGAGCAGCAUUUCAUUGCAACAUUAUAAUGAACAAUACAGCUCUUUAAAGGGGUUGUCUAAUUAAAGACAAUCCGUUUCAGAAUGCAGCUGCCUCGGCCAGCCUGGCAUUACCCCUGCAUCAGCCACUGAAGGAGAAAUGUAAUAUUGCAUUCAUUCAGAUGAAUGACCCUUCAUGUAACACAAAGGCAACUCAAGUCCACCUCGUUCAGAGUGGCUUUCUUUUCUGGCUCAGAUGGUGGUCCCAAGCAGCUGAUGUUUGUAUGCGCUAUUAGAGCAUAUGGACAGGGUUUGUCUUCAUGAGACGCUUUAACAAGUUUCUUUCCUACUUAAUUUCUGUAGGUUCUUGCCCUUAGUUUUCUAUGAUCAAGUUCCCAUAUAGAUAAAUGUUCAUGUUCUCAUAGUAGUGCAAUUUGGAAGAUCAAAGUAAAUGGUACAUAAAGUAUUUUUCCAAGGCUCAGAGGUUUCAUGUUCUACCAUCUUCUAGAUUUGACUUUCUUGUUAUUUUUAUAACUGGUGUGCAAGGUUAAAGUGUCAUUGUUAUUUUAUUUUUAUUUUUUUUAUGUGUAGGUGAAGUGAUUAUGAUUAUUUGUAUAAUAUACUUUUAUUAUAUUUUGUACUUUUUAAUAAAAAAAAACUGUCUAUAAAGUUCUCCCUUUGCAAUGAGUUGCCAAGGAAAACACAUCUUCAGUGUUCAGCGCAGUGCAAUACUGAAUACUGAAGACACUCCUGGCUCCCGUUACAUGUAGAGCCAACCAGCUUCUGCCCUCACUGCUUCCCUCCUAAACAUGGAUAUGUGACCUUAUAUAGUGUAAAACCACUUGUCCCUGUCUCCCUGACUUCUCUACACUGUCGGUGGUGACCGCUGACGUAUGUGUGCUCUGUAUACCCAGCACACUCAAUAACUAAGGAGCAGCCUGGGAGAUCCAGCAGAGCGAGCAGUCAGCGCUCACCAUUGACGGUAAGUACAGAGAGAAGCAGUUCUACAGUAUAUAUGGACAGUUGUGUACAUACAGUAAAAUUAUUCAUCUGAGGUACUCCACAAUACAAAUAAAAUAUUGGAUUUGAUGGCUGUGUUCUCAUAACAAUAUUGCAUAAAUCUGUCAUUUUAUUAUUGAACUGUGUACAUAUGACUUAAAGGAAGGGGAUGCUGUGGCAUUAUCAUGCUGUGAGAGGGGAGGAGGGAGCAGCUGGAAAUAUCAAAUUGUCUAAGGGUAUAAUGCACAGCUACUACAGUUUAACCUUCUUUUUCUAAACCAAAGUAAUAAUCAUCCUUGUUGUACAUUUGAUUCUAUCCAUUGCUCCUUGAGGCCAGAGAAGGGAUUACUGUAAUGUUCUUUGUUCGCUGGUCUCAUCUCUAUUUCUCAGAUUUGCUUCUUUUGAGUUCAUAACUUUUGCACUAUUUUAGCCCUUCCUCAUUACUGUAUAUAUUACUAGAUCAUAUAUUACUAUUUUAUAUACUACAAAAUUGAUGUCAAGUUUAAUACCUCCCACCAUAAAUCAUUUUAUCAAGCUGUCUAUGCUAUUAUCUAAUUUAUUUUAAAAGUUACAGUGUGAAAAUCUCCAUAAUCUUUAUAAUGAUGUAUAUUUUUGUACUCCAUUAAAAAUAAACCUGUUUAGACA